CCGUUUCUUUAUAAUAUAUCAUCACCCACCAUCUCCUUCUUUUCCUUAUACCCAUCAAGCUAUUUGCAUUUUGAAACCCAUCUGAGCUAUAUCUUUCCAACAAAACUUCUCUGUCUCUUUCAUAUUUUCCCUCAGAUUCUUUCUUACCAAACAAACAAGCAAACAAAAGUUCUCUCUCUCUCUUUCUUUUUGGUUGCUUUAACAUCCACAAAUGGUUCUUCCAAAGCGUGGCCACAGAUUCUUCAAAUUUAGAUUAAGCCCAGUUUCAUCCCAAAAUCAGUCACUUUUCACAAAAAAUAAUUAAUCCCUCCACCACACAGUCGCCCACUAAAACAGAUAUUAUUCUCCCCUUAAUUUUUCCCCUCAAAUAUUGUCCCAAAAAAUCUACUAGUAUUACAAUAUCGUUUACCCAAAAAAAAAAAAAAAAAUCUCUCUUUUUCUUGCGUCUUGUAUUUUUGUUUAAUUGGGACAAAAAAAUAUGGUUGCGAAGUAUUACGAGUCGUCACGUGGAGUAGUGGAAAUGGCUUGGAUUAUGUUAAGCGUUGAUUACUCGAGACUUUUCUGGUUGUUGUUUGGUGUCUUCUCCUACGAAAAUCACGAAGGAAAGCCUCGGAUCUCUUAGUACUAAAGUUCAGCUUCUUCUUUUUAUGUAUUUUAAUUUUUAAGGUAUAUAAUAAGCUAUAAUAAAGUAUCGAACGUCGAUUAGUGAGCAAAAUAUUUUUAAGAGCAUUUCUCUGGGGGGUUUGGCGUGAUCAUCAAUUUCUCAAUUAUGAACAACAAGCGAUUGGGAAGGUGCGUCAAUGGAGCCAAACCAGAGCUCAAUGGAUACGUCGAAACCGAUCCAUCGGGUCGAUAUGGACGCUUUAGAGAAGUUCUGGGGAAAGGAGCAAUGAAGGUAGUUUACAGGGCAUUUGAUGAGGUUCUUGGAAUGGAAGUGGCAUGGAACCAAAUCAAGCUGAAUGAUGUGUUUCGUUCCCCUGAGGAACUACAAAGGCUUUACUCUGAGGUUCAUCUCCUCAAGAACCUCCAUCAUGACUCCAUCAUAAGAUUCCACACUUCUUGGAUUGAUGUCGACAGGAGAAACUUCAACUUCAUCACUGAAAUGUUUACCUCCGGCACCCUCAGAGAGUACCGGCAGAAGUACCCGCGAGUGGAUCUUCGGUCAGUGAAGAAUUGGGCCCGUCAAAUCUUACUUGGCCUUGAGCAUUUGCAUGGCCAUGACCCACCUGUGAUUCAUAGAGACCUCAAGUGUGACAACAUCUUUGUGAAUGGUCAUCUUGGGCAAGUCAAAAUUGGUGAUUUGGGCUUGGCAGCAAUUCUUCGUGGGUCCCAACAUGCCCACAGCGUUAUAGGUACUCCAGAGUUUAUGGCGCCAGAAUUGUACGAGGAGGAAUAUAACGAAUUAGUAGACAUAUACUCCUUUGGAAUGUGUGUUCUAGAGAUGCUUACUUCCGAGUACCCUUACUGCGAGUGUUCCAAUUCUGCCCAAAUCUACAAGAAAGUUACUUCAGGAAAAUUACCAGAAGCAUUCUACAGGAUUCAAAACUCAGAAGCCCAGAUAUUUGUGGGGAAAUGUUUAGAGAAUGUUUCGAAGAGGCUGCCAGCUCGGGAGCUCUUGCUUGACCCGUUUCUGGCUUGUGACGAUGAAGAACAAAAGCUGAACAUGCCUAUUCCGAGACCCCAAAUGAAUAAAUCGUCUCUUUUCAAUGGGACUAUGCACAAGGAGGAAGAUUUUGUGGAGCCUUAUCUAAAUAGGACCACAAACAUGACCAUAACCGGGACGAUGAGCCCUGAAGACGACACCAUUUUUCUAAAAGUUCAGAUUUCUGACAAGGAUGGGAACAACGCAAGGAAUAUUUACUUCCCGUUUGACAUUGUCAAUGACACUGCGAUCGAUGUGGCGACGGAGAUGGUAAAAGAGUUGGAGAUUAGUGACUGGGAACCACCGGAGAUCGCGGAGAUGAUAGAGGAACAGAUAUAUUCUUUGGUGCCAAGUUGGAAGGAAUGGGGUUCACCCCUAUCAGAACAAGAUCUUCAUGAGCAAAUUAGCUUUAGCUACGGAGAAGAGGAAGAUGACAAUGAUGAUAUUAACAACAGACCAUUCUACUCUUCCUCAUGUUCUUCCUCACCCAACUCUCUCUUGGCUCUCAUCUCUUCCCAUUUUCUUCGUGGGAACAAUAUGACUUCUUGCGACAGGAAUUGGAUUCAAGAUGACCCGUUCAUAAAUGAUGAUGCUAGCUCUGUCAGCUCGUUCAACUCCUUCAACUACUCCAAUGUAAACUACUACUCAGGUACUUAUGAAGAUGACUAUGACGCAAAUAUCAAAGGUAUAGGAGAGCCUUUCCCCGUCACCAUGGCCCACAAAACUACGAGAUUCCGACCUGCAGACAUCGCGAUUACUUCAAAUCAUUGCAGCUCGCCGAGGGGUUCUCCAAGAGCUUAUUGCCUAAAACAUCAUCAUCAUCAGCCGCAGCAGCAGCAACAGCAUCGGCCGCCCAAGUUGACCAGGAUUCGGUCACUUGUGGACGUGCGUAGUCAGUUGUUGCACCGGUCACUUGUUGAAGAGAUAAACAAGCGGCGCUUGUUUAAGACCGUUGGAGCUGUAGAGAACAUCGGAUAUCAUGAACCUGGCGGGCAGUUUUCCGAGGGUAAGACGUUUUCAUCUGGUGGUUUUCUAGGGAGAUCAUCUUCCAAAGAUCCUUAAACUUUACGCAUUAAGUUCAUGAAGAAUCAUGUUUGUUCAGUCAUGUGUUCUGUAAGACUGUAAGUAAUGUUGCUUGUUUUAACGUUAUGAACUCCCCGGAAGUUUUUAGGGUUAAUUAUAUAUAUCUGUCUGAAGAUCUUGUAAGAUACUGGAGUACGAAAUAUAAAUCGAUGAUGAUGAUAAUGUAGAA